AUGUCUCUCUUUCUCUCUUCUCCUUACUCUCCUUUUCUUUCUGUCUCUCUCUCUUCUCCCUUACUCUCUUUUCUUUUCUAUGUCUCUCUUUUCUCUCUUCUCCCUUACUCUUUUUUUCUUUCUAUGUCUCUCUCUCUCUUCUCCUUACUCUCUCUUUUCUUUCUAUGUCUCUCUUUUCUCUUACUCUCUUUUCUUUCUAUGUCUCUCUUUCUCUCUUCUCCUUACUCUCUUUUUCUUUAUGUCUCUCUUUCUCUCUUCUCCUUACUCUCCUUUUUCUUUCUGUCUACUUUCUCUCUUCUUCUCUCUUUUUCUCUAUGUCUCUCUUUCUCUCUUCUCCUUAAUCGCUUUUUCUUUCUAUGUCUCUCUUUCUCUCUUCUCCUUACUCUCUUUUUCUUUUUAUGUCUCUCUUUCUCUCUUCUCCUUACUCUCUUUUUCUUUCUAUGUCUCCCUUUCUCUCUGUCUCCUUACUCUCUUUUUAUUUUUAUGUCUCUCUUUCUCUCUUCUCCUUACUCUCUUUUUCUUUCUAUGUCUCUCUUUCUCUCUUUUCCUUACUCUCUUUUUCUUUCUAUGUCUCUCUUUCUCUCUUUUCCUUACUUUUUUUCUUUCUAUGUCUCUCUUUUCUCUCUUCUCAUUACUCUCCUUUUCUUUCUCUCUCUCUUUCUCUCUUCUCCUUACUCUCUUUUUCUUUCUAUGUCUCUCUUUCUCUCUUCUCCUUACUCUCUUUUUCUUUCUAUGUCUAUCUUUCUCUCUUCUACUUACUCUCUUUUUCUUUCUAUGUCUCUCUUUCUCUCUUUUCCUUACUCUCUUUUUCUUUCAAUGUCUCUCUUUCUCUCUUCUCCUUACUCUCUUUUACUUUCUAUGUCUCUCUUUCUCUCUUCUCCUUACUCUCUUUUUCUUUCUGUCUCUCUUUCUCUCUUCCCCUUAGUCUCUUUUUCUUUCUAUGUCUCUCUUUCUCUCUUCUCCUUACUCUCUUUUUCUUUCUAUGUCUCUCUUUCUCUCUUCUCCUUACUCUCCUUUUCUUUCUGUCUCUCUUUCUCUCUUCUCCCUUACUCUUUUUUUUUUCUCUUUUUCUCUUCUCCUUAA